AAAAAGUUUGCUGGCCUCUGAGUUAGAAGGCAGUUACUGAAGUUCGUUAAGAGACCGGACCUGAAAUGAAUCGGAGGUACCAAAUGAGACUUUCCAGAAGCGACAGCAUGAUUUAGCAGAGGACACUAGCCCUUCCUACCUCUUUAUAAAGGUGAGCUGUUCUCAGAGGCAGCUGGUGCUGACCUUGUGACACAAAAGAGAAAAUUGUGGGCUGAGCUGAGUCUUGGUACUGGUUUAGCAGUCUGGUUUCUAAACCCCCAUAGGAUUCAAAGCAGCAUACCAGAAAAGGACGAGGAGCUGCUAUAUUAACAGCAGCGAGAGGUGGCCACCAUGUCCUUGAAGAUCCAGACAAGCAACGUAACUAACAAGAAUGACCCCAAGUCUAUCAACUCUCGGGUCUUCAUCGGAAACCUCAACACAGCUGUGGUGAAGAAGUCAGAUGUGGAGACCAUUUUCUCCAAGUAUGGCCGUGUGGCCGGCUGUUCUGUGCACAAAGGCUAUGCCUUUGUCCAGUAUGCCAACGAGCGUCAUGCCCGGGCAGCUGUGCUGGGAGAGAAUGGGCGGGUGCUGGCCGGGCAGACCCUGGAUAUCAACAUGGCUGGAGAGCCCAAGCCCAACAGACCUAAGGGGCUAAAGAGAGCAGCAUCUGCCAUAUACAGUGGCUACAGCUUUGACUAUGAUUACUACCGGGACGACUUCUACGACAGGCUCUUCGACUAUCGGGGCCGCCUGUCACCUGUGCCAGUGCCCAGGGCCGUCCCUGUGAAGCGACCCCGGGUCACAGUCCCCUUGGUCCGGCGCGUCAAAACCACCAUACCUGUCAAGCUCUUUGCCCGCUCCACAGCCAUUACUGCCAGCUCAGCCAAGAUCAAGUUAAAGAGCAGUGAGCUGCAGACCAUCAAGACAGAGCUGACACAGAUCAAGUCCAACAUCGACGCUCUGCUGGGCCGCUUGGAGCAGAUUGCUGAGGAGCAGAAGGCCAACCCAGAUGGCAAGAAGAAGGGCGACAGCAGCAGUGGCAGUGGUGGGGGUAGUAGUGGUGGCAGCAACCGGCCACCAGCCCCACAAGAGGACACGGCUUCUGAGGCAGGCACGCCCCAGGGAGAAGCACAGACUCGAGACGACGGCGAUGAGGAGGGGCUGCUGACACACAGUGAGGAAGAACUGGAGCACAGCCAGGACACAGACGCGGAGGAUGGGGCCUUGCAGUAAGCAGCCUGGCAGGAGUGAUGGCCACCGGCAGGAGAAGGGCAUGCACUGUACCAGGCCUAAAGCUGGGCACCCACCCCUGGAGACUACCCCCAGCGGGUCCCAGGAGAGCUGGCAGCAGGCACCUCCUCCUCCACACAUCCCAGCCAGUGCCACAUCCUCUGCAGGUGGAGUUAUUGGCCUCCCCUUCCCAAGUGCCCUCCCUUUUGGCACUGCCCAGGCCAGAGGGCAGAGCACAGAGGUUUCCCUACACUCUACCUCCCCUCCCAGGACACUCCCAGGCUUGGGGUUUUUCUAUAGGUUUGGAGAGGGGAGGGUCACAGGGAGGGUACCCUGACAAUAAAGAGAUUGGAUCCCAACUUGCUCUGA